AUGGCGGCCCCGGAGCGGCCGGUCCGGAGCGCGGCCCCCGUCGCCGCAGGCCGGGGCCCCGCGCGGCGCGCGGCCAGGCAGGUUCCCGAGGAGAUCCUGAAGGACGCGGAGCUGCAGGAGGCCGUCAAGGCGCUGCCCAGCAACUACAACUUCGAGAUCCCCAAGACCGUGUGGAGGAUCCGGCAGGCGCAGGCCAGGAGAGUGGCCCUGCAGAUGCCCGAAGGCCUCCUCAUGUUUGCCUGCACCAUCGCGGACAUCGUCGAGCGGUUCACGGGAGCGGAGGCGCUUGUGAUGGGCGACGUGACCUACGGUGCCUGCUGCGUGGACGACUACACGGCCAAGGCCCUGGGCGCUGACUUCCUCGUGCACUACGGCCACAGCUGCCUCAUUCCCAUCGACGCCACGCAAGGGUUGAAGAUGCUCUACGUCUUCGUGGACAUCAAGAUCGACACGUCGCACUUCCUCGAGACCGUGCGCUACAACUUCGCCGCGGGCGCCUCGCUGGCCCUCGUCAGCACCAUCCAGUUCGUGUCCGCGCUGCAGGCGGCCGCGCAGGAGCUGCGCUCCCAGUACAAGGUGUGUGUGCCCCAGUGCAAGCCGCUGUCCCCCGGCGAGGUCCUGGGCUGCACGGCGCCGCGGCUCGCGCAGGACACGGACGCUAUCGUGUACCUGGGCGACGGGCGCUUCCACCUGGAGUCCGUCAUGAUCGCCAACCCGGGCAUCCCUGCCUACAGGUACGAUCCCUACAGCAAGGUCUUCUCGCAGGAGCACUACGGCCACGAGCGCAUGCAGCGCGCGCGGCAGGACGCCAUCCGCCGCGCCGCCGGCGCCCGCUGCUGGGGACUCAUCCUGGGCACCCUGGGGCGCCAGGGCUCCCCCGGCAUCCUGCAGCACCUGGAGUCGCGGCUCCGCGCCCUGGGACGCCCCUUCGUGCGCGUGCUGCUCUCCGAGAUCUUCCCCAGCAAGCUGCAGCUCUUCGCUGACGUGGACGCGUGGGUGCAGAUAGCCUGUCCCCGGCUCUCCAUCGACUGGGGUGAAGCCUUCAGCAAGCCGCUGCUGACGCCCUACGAGGCGGCCGUGGCGCUCCAGGAGGUCGAGUGGCAGCAGACCUACCCCAUGGACUUCUACGCCAGCCAGUCCCUGGGGCCCUGGACCGCCAACCACAGCAGCCACCAGCGCCCCGGGCGGCCAGCUCAGCCCGGGCCUGGGGACCCCCCGGCCGCCCCCCCCGCCGCCGCCGCCCGCCCGUAG